AUGGUCCUCCUGUGCGCGCAGCUCUCUCAGUGGGCGCCAUCGCAGGGAUUGUACUCUCCUCGCCCUUCACUCUUCUCCAACCCCUUUUGGUCUUCUCACUUCCACCUGCUCUUCUCUGGCUUGCCCUCCCCAUCCCACUCCGCCCUCUCCUUCGUGGCCCCCCUCUUCGACGCCUUUCGCCUCCGCCACCUCCCUUCUCACCCUCCCCUCUCCAACCCCCUCAACCAUCAGACCCGGAAGAAUCUGCAGCCAUGGCAGCAGCGGAUCAACAAGAUGGCGUCGAAGCACCAUCCGAACCUGGUGCGGCUGCUGGGGUACUGUCUGGACAUGGACACGGUGAACGAGCGCAUGGAGCAGAUCCUCAUCUACCAGUUCAUGCACCACGGCGACCUCGAGCACUGGGUCGCCACCGAUGCUGCCAAGACGCUCACCCUGGCGCAGCGCAUGGACGUGCUGGUGGGAGCGGCGCACGGGCUGGAGUAUCUGCACAGCUUUGGCAUCGUGCAUCGUGACAUCAAGCUCGCCAACAUUCUGCUGGACGAGCACAUGCACGCCAAGGUGGCGGACUUUGGCCUCGUGCGCAUGGGCGAGGGCACCUCCGUGUACACCACUCGCAUUCUUGGCACGCCGGGCUAUGUGGACCCCGCCUACUCCCGCACUCGCAAGGCCACAACCGCCACUGAUGUGUUCAGCUUUGGCAUUGUGAUUCUUGAGGUCAUCACUGGGAGGCGGGCACUUGUCAACACAAGCAAUGGCAACAGCACCAUUAAAGAAUGGGAGAGUGAGCCCUUUCGUCAAUCACUUCUGUACUACUGUGGUUUCUGGUGA